CGUGAAAAAAAUGAGGUGUAGCAGCCUUGGUCCCAUCGACAGCAGAUCUCCCCACAGAAGGACACAAUAGAGGGAGAGAGAGUCAUUACAAAUAAACUCUCUGAGAUCUCUGUGGUAUGCAAGAAUUGUAGAGAGAGAGACGGUGAAGCAGAAGAUGCUCUUGAGAGUCCCAUUUUCAACUUACAAUGCUUCACCGGACCAAAUUCAAGCCCUAACCCAAUGCCGAUUCUUUGGCCCAUCAUCCAAUCCGCUGUCGAUUCGCCGACCAUACCCCGUCGUCUCGUGCGCAUCUUCUCUUUCCCAGGGACAUCCUCCGGUAUUGACUGUGGGGACCGGAGAGCCGAACAGCAAGGAGGCGAAGGAUCGGCUACGGCGGCGGCUUGGAAGUUUGACGGAUGACGGCUUAUCUUACAAAGAGAAGUUCAUAGUGAGGUGUUAUGAGGUUGGGAUUAACAAAACUGCCACUGUUGAAACCAUUGCCAAUCUCUUACAGGAGGUUGGAUGUAACCAUGCUCAGAGCGUUGGAUUUUCAACAGAUGGAUUUGCGACUACUCACACCAUGAGAAAAUUGCAUCUCAUAUGGGUCACAGCCCGCAUGCACAUUGAAAUCUAUAAAUACCCAGCGUGGAGUGAUGUUGUUGAAAUAGAGACAUGGUGCCAAGGCGAAGGAAGGAUAGGAACUAGACGUGAUUGGAUUCUCAAAGACUAUGCCACUGGUGAAGUCAUUGGAAGGGCUACGAGCAAGUGGGUGAUGAUGAACCAAGAUACAAGACGACUUCAGAAAGUCACUGAUGAGGUCCGAGAUGAAUAUUUAAUUUACUGCCCUAAAGAACCUAGAUUAUCAUUUCCUGAGGAGAACAAUGGCAGCCUGAGGAAAAUAUCAAAAUUGGAAGACCCUGGUCAUUAUUCCAAGCUAGGACUAGUGCCAAGAAGAGCUGAUCUGGACAUGAACCAGCAUGUAAACAAUGUCACAUACAUUGGAUGGGUUCUGGAGAGCAUACCUAAAGAAAUCCUCAACACCCAUGAACUGCAAACCAUCACUUUGGAUUAUAGACGUGAAUGCCAACAAGAUGAUAUAGUUGAUUCCCUCACUAGUUCAGAACCAAUUGAGGAUACUGCAGUUCUAGAGCUCAAAGGAACCAACGGAUCUGCUGCUACAACACAUCAUAACCAGGACUACUGUCAGUUCUUGCAUUUACUUAGAUUAUCUGAUGAGGGGUCUGAAAUAAACAGGGGCCGCACUGAAUGGAGGAAGAAACCAGCAAAAAGAUAAAUCUAUGGCAUUCAGUUUGCAUUACCUUUUGCCACACUUUCACUAGUCUUCAGGGUGACUGGUGUCUUCCUAUUUAUUUUUUUGGUUGUUUCUCGUCUUCUUUUCCCUUUCUUUCUUUCUUUCUUUCUUUUUCCUUUUCAGUUUUCAAUGUUCGGUUUUUUGGGGCGAGCUCUGCUCCCAAUGGAUUUUUGGCCGCGAUUUAGCCCACCUUAUAUUGAGUUUUUUUCAGCGGUUGUUAUGCGUGUAGACCAGUGAAGAGACUUCAGAUCAAACAUUGAACUUGGUCAGGGAAGUGUCCGUAGGGGCAGCCUCCACAAACUCCAUUACGCUACUGUUGUAAUUAUGUGCUCAUGUUUGUUGCUAAUAAUGUUUUAAUGAUUCUGUUUAGUUUGUCUUUAACUCUAAUCUCGUUCUUUUCUUUGGUGCAAACUUGUGAUUUUCUAUGAACAAAAAGCAUUGGCGUUUUUUUAAUGAUU